CCUUCAUUUGAAUGCAAAUGCAAUUUUGGGGCAGGCAGUUAUCUGUGACAUCAGGCAGGACCUUAGUAAACUGUUACCACCAGCACCUGGUAGAGCCAUUGUUAAUCAUGUGUAGUAAAGGGACAUGAGGGCUAGCAUGAGUCAUUUAUAGAGCCAGUCAGGGCUAGAAAAGAGAGAGAAAGAAAGAGGAGGGGAAGAGAUCAAACAAACACUGUGAGGAGCAGGAUGUCCCAGCAAGACAAAGCCAGCCUGUGAGCAUCAUGUAUGUGAGUUACCUUUUGGAUAAAGAGACCAGCAUGUAUCCAGGACCUGCAAGGUGCAGCAACAACAACCUGCCAGUGCAGAACUUUGUGCCUGCUCCCCCCUACUCAGACUACAUGGGGUAUCACCACGUGCCAGCUCCAGACAGCCACGGACAGCCCGCAGGAGCCUGGGGACCCCACUACGGCCCCCAGAGGGAGGACUGGAACGCUUACGGCCCGUGCCCAGGGCCCUCCGGCACUGCUGCUGCCGCACAGCUCAGCGGCUCGUCUCCUGGGCAGGGCUCCUACAGCCCAGCUGAGUACAGCUCCCUCCAUCCCGCUGCACCCGGGGGGUUACCUCCUGCAGGUACCGUUAGUGCACAGCAGGUCUCCCCCACCAGCCAAAGGCACAGCUCUUACGAAUGGAUGAGGAAAACGGUGCAAUCCACUUCUACAGGUAAAACAAGAACAAGAGAGAAGUACCGAGUGGUUUACACAGAUCAUCAGAGAUUAGAAUUAGAGAAGGAAUUUCAUUACAACAGAUACAUUACAAUCAGGAGGAAGUCUGAACUUGCUGCAAACCUAAGACUUUCCGAGAGACAGGUGAAAAUCUGGUUCCAGAAUCGCAGAGCCAAAGAAAGAAAAUUAAUGAAGAAGAAAAUGACUCAUUUUGAUGGCAACAAUCUUGGCUCUAUGCAGAGUAACUCUGGCUCAGUGAGCCCGAUGCCAGCUCCUGACCAACAGACUCACUCAGAAAUGCCCAGCUCUUUGUUCCCACCUCCACCUCCUCCAGCUCCGCUUCCGAUGAACGGCCUGCAGCACACUGGGAACCUGCAGCAGGUGGUGGCCUCUCAGUAA